GUUUCCUCCACGAUGGAGGCUGAAGCAGAUUCGGCGACAGAGAUGAACGGUCAGGAAGAAGCUGACAGUGAUGGGGAAGAUAGUGCCAGCCAGUCAGACUCUGAGGAAGAGAGUUCUGACAUGGAUGAUUUGGAUUGUGAACGACGCAGAAACGAGUGUCUUGAUGAAAUGUGUCAUUUAGAAAAACAGUUCUCAGAGCUGAAAGAAAAGUUAUUCAAGGAAAGAUUGAACCAGCUUAAAGCCAAAUUGGAAGAGGUGACUUCUGGUAGAGCUAUGGAGUAUAUUAACCCUCUAGCUGACCUACAGAAGAACAGCAAAAUCCGCAUUGAAGUUGCAGGAAUCUAUAAGGGAUUUUGCUUGGAUGUUAUAAAACACCGCUAUGAAUGUGAGGUUCAGGGCGCUAAGCAACAUUUAGAGAGUGAGAAAGUUCUCCUGUUGGACAACAUGCAGUGUGAACUAUUGGAGCGAAUCCAAAGACUUGAGGAAGAUCGUCAGAGCAUAGAUAUUUCUUCAGAGUGGUGGGAUGAAGAAUUGAGAUCUAAACGAAGUCGAAAAAAGUGGGAUCCAUUUCGUUCGGAGAAGAAGCGGAGAGUUCCAUUGGUUUCUGGUCCAUAUAUUGUUUAUAUGUUACGGGAUUUGGAUAUCCUAGAAGACUGGACUGCUAUCAAAAAGGCUAAAGCGGCAGUUUCUCCCCAGAAGAGGAAAUCGGAGAGUGGAAAGGUUGAUAAGCAGCACUUUAGUGCUCGUUGUGAAGAUGGCUGCCUAUAUUAUGAAGGAGAGAGCUUCACCAAAGGGGAAGCCAUUAUUCUUGACAUAAAAGAUGAACCACCAUCACAGGCUGUGAUCACUGCAGUAAGCACAGGAGAAGUUUGGCUGAGGCGAGGAGACAGCAGCAAGACCAAGAUAUACGUAUCUCAGCUACAGAAAGGCAAAUACUCAGUGAGAAGGGCAGGAAAAUGAGACAGUCAUCCUUCCUCCU